CCCAGAAUCUGACAUUCCUGCCAAGGGUGGGAACCCCAAUUUCCAAAUUCCUAUUUCCAAAUUCUCUAUAAAGACAGCUACCGAAUCCCCAAAUGAACUGCAAACUACGUCGCUUGGAUCUCCUCCGCAAUGGCCAAAAAUCGGAUUGCGAGCUGCAUGUUUGGUCGGUGGAUAAGGUGAAGGGUAAGCACUGCCAGCGGAUCUUCAAGUGCCACCAGGUGAUGCUGGUCUCCGCCUCCGAGGAGUUCGAAAGGUUGAUCAAGGACCCGGAGUUUCAGAAGCAAAAGGGAGUAAUAUCCGUGGAGGACGCCUCGCCCACCGCCUACGAAGCUUUGCUCCUCUAUAUCUACACCUAUGAGGUGUGCAACGCGGUCACCAUCGACAUGUGUGGUGACCUCAUGCUUCUGGCCGAGCGUUACAAGAUGCUGGACUUUAUCGACUGCUAUAUAGACAAGCUGGCUCUGCAGGAUUGGCCCAUGGAGGUGGUGCUGCAGGUCUUCCAUCUGGCCAGCGAGCACAACCAUCCAGCGCUAAUGGAUCUGGUAGCGAAGAAAAUCCUGCCCUUGGCCACCCAAAUCACCCAGGACAAGUCCUUCCUGAAGCUAAGCGUCGCAGAGCUCAAGGCUUUGAUCAUAAUCCUCAAGAAAGAGGCAAUCCUCCCAGAUCCUGAACUACUGGAGGCCCUGAAGAACUACCAGGAGGUGAACAACCUACGCUACGACAACAUGGAGCAGUUCCAGCUGUUCGUGGAGGUUACCCAAAUGUUCGACAACGUUCUCUUCGAAGUGGAUGGCACCAUAGUCCUGCCCGAGGCAGAAGAGGUGGUCACCCGGGAGAUAGGCUCUGAUACAUCGGUUUACAAUAGGGAUAAUUCAUAGAUUUACAUAUCUAAAGGGAUCAUUUAUUGAAUGAUAAACGGGAAGGAAAACAAACAUAAUCGAUUUCGGAUCGGCUUAUAGAAUAAAUAUAGAUAUUCUCUGGCGCAUACGGGCAGCAAUCCCGCAGAGCGUGCACAUUGAGGUUGAAGCGCUUGGCGUUGCCAUAGCCCCGGCAGCCAUCCACGUCGCGGGGGUUUAAACAUUAAUUAAUUAAACAUUAAGUCGUCAGUAGCGCAA